GGAGUGUUAAAUAUUAUUAAUAAAUGUAUUCAUCAGCAGAUCUUGAAAACCACAACAAAAAACAAGCACCAUCAGAAAGUCAGUCCCAAGAAUGCUUUAACAAUGCAACUUUUGAGAAUUUAUUCGAUGAAGACGAAUAUGACUCUCCACAUCCUGAUCCUUCUUCAAUGAUGUUACUUAGCCAGAAAUUGGAAUCAUUUAGCUCGAAGAUUCUGUACAAUUCAUAUUCCAAAAUAAAUAUGGCAUAUAGAAUUAAAGAGGUGUUCCCACGAAGCCAGCUUGACAUUGAGAUGGGAUCUCUGAUAUGUCAAGGUUUUCUGAAGAAAAUGGAAGGAGUCGCUUUUCCUCCAUUAAAAGAAGUUUCAAUUUACAGCAUUCCUACACACAACAGAGCUGUGAAAUAUUUCCUGGAGAACUCGAUCUCUACAAGCAGGGUUACCUGGCUAUCUCUCGAGUGCGCUAGAAUGACGGAUAUAGGCUUCUAUCUGAACGCCAUUAUUAAAGCUUGUCACAGAGUCAAGAAAUCCAUAACGCUAAAUAAUUUUCAAAUUAGUGAGAGCCAACUCGAGAAACUAUUCAUGGCUAACAAGCACAAAGAGGGAGUGCUGUUUCAUUCAUGCAAGUUUACCUUCCCAAAAGUGCCUGACUUCAGAAGAUGCCUAGAAGGGUCCAGUAUCUCAACAAUAAGCAUCGAGAAUUGUGAUAACUCUGACAGCAGUAACUGGCGUAACCACCCAGAAGAGUUUGAAAAUUUUAUUCAAGGAUUGGCCAAUUCAGACUUGAAGGAAUCCCUUCAGACCGUUGACUUCGGCUGGUGAUACGGAUUUCAAGAGUAUCAUAUAUCUACAAUAUUCAGUAGAUAUGGCUUCGAGGAUGUCCAAAUAGAUGGAACUUUUAUGAAUGAUUAAAAAGUUUGGAUAUUUCAGUUAUCAUUUUAUUCUCUAGAAUAUUUAUGUAGUUUACAAUAGACUCUUCAAAUUUUGUCCUCAGGUAAUUGCUGUAAUCGAAGCCAAGUCUAUUAAUAAACUCUUAGAUUGCUAUAGAUUAAGCCACUUUUUCGAAGUUCCCACAACUCUAUGCCAUUGAAAUUGUACCAAAUUUAACUCCCGAUGCUGAACUAGUAGAAAGCUUAAAUGGAGUCAAAAAAGUAAGAAGAGAUAAUUAUGCCUUAUUCUAGGCUCCUAGGUUUAUACUAGCUUUUAAGCCCAAUUGAAUAUUAACUUCGAAAAAUUUUUGUGAAUAUUUAGAAAUGAGUGUUCAUGUCUCAUGGAAUUAUGGCCAACUAUUAUGCUACAGAUUCCAAGACAAAUCUUUUGUAUGCUAGUUGAAGAAUUAAUUAUACAUUAUUUUGGCCAACAGAAAGAAUGUCAGCAUUAAAUCCUAAAGCGGAGCAAUUGGGAUAGAAUCACAAGACAUAUUGAUAAACUUUUAAACAUUCAUAUUAAAUUUCCUUCAUUAGAACUGGACUAGCACUGCAAAGUCAGCAUCAAUAUGAGCUACUCUUUUCAACUGCCCCUAUA